UCCACAUAUUUCUCGGAAGAAGAAAUCGUUUGGUGCGGUGGUUGUUUGAGCGGCGCUGUGAGAGCUGCAACAAACCGAAUAAAGCCCUGAAAUAAAUAUCUACAUACACCGCCAAAAUGCUUCCCCUGUCUCUAUUGAAGACGGCCCAGAACCAUCCUAUGUUGGUGGAGCUCAAAAAUGGAGAGACAUACAAUGGCCACCUGGUCAGCUGUGACAACUGGAUGAAUAUCAACCUAAGAGAGGUCAUUUGUACCUCCAGGGAUGGUGACAAAUUCUGGAGGAUGCCUGAGUGCUACAUCAGAGGAAGCACCAUCAAGUACCUGCGAAUUCCUGACGAGAUCAUUGACAUGGUGAAGGAGGACGUGGUGUCGAAGGGCCGCGGCCGUGGAGGAGCACAACAGAACAAACAGCAGGGUAAAGGAAGAGGAGGAGCUGGCCGCGGUCUGUUCGGUGGUCGUGGUCGAGGGAUGACCAGUCAUGGUCGUGGUCAGCACCUGCAGCAGCAGACAUCUGACAGGAAACCCAGCAAGCCUCCAGGCCUGAAGACCCACCACUGACCUAAUACUCAUCCUGAGAAAUUCGUCCUUCAGUAAAUUAUGAUAAAAUUUAAUUUCUGAAAUGAUGGCAUAGAGUUGCAGGAAGUACAUGGGAAGGCAUUGAGAGGAGUUUGUGUUUUUGUUAAUUUCUUUCGUUUUUUGACGAUUGACAUCUAUUUUAGUAUGUUGUUCAUGUAGUCAUUUAUUAGUGUGUGAUGCAGAGUUGGAAGAUUUCUGGUUUUGUUUGAAGUCAUGUGACAGUCCAAGAAGAUCCUUUACAGUUUUUUACUUGCGAGUUUUGCUUUUAAGAGGGAGAAAGCCCCUGUCCUGAAGGCCCUUUGAUAUGCCCCCAUGUCUUUGUUGUUUUGUAACAUUGUCAGUCCAGCACACUGUCAACUGUCAGCAAAGAGAGAAGACUUCAGUGUUAAAUCAUUAUAAUACGACAGGUGGUGAAUCGAAUUUGACAAAAAAUACUUAAAUAACUGGUGCCCAAGCUCCUGAGUUUGAAAUGGAGAAGUUUGACCUUUGAUUCCAUUUUUCUUUAGUGAAUUAUGUUAUAUUUUAUUUAAAAAAGGCCAUGAAAAUAAACCACUUUUGUUCAAACUGUUGUUUCAUUUAAAAAUCAUGUUCAGUUUGCUGUUUGUGUUGGAAUUAAAAAACUGUAAUACCAGGUCAAACUUGCAACAUUAACUUGUUAAAUCUAAAUCUGGGAGAAAUAUCCAACCUGUUGUCACAAGCCUAUUGUGACAUGGACAUUCAAUGUAUUGGCUGUUUACUUAGAUGAUAGGUAUCGGUAUGAGUUCUUGUAAAUGCAGUGUUUUAUAAAAUGUCUAUUUUCACUUCUGAGUGUUUUGCUCAAAUAUGCUGUAUUUGUAUUUAUUAGUUUGGUUGCAAAACAAGCUACCUGUUUAUGAGAUAGUCAAAAGUAACACUUUCUCCAGUCUUCGUUGCUGCUGUGUUCCAGCUUUUUUGAGACUAUUUCAAUGGGAUUAGCAACUACAGUUGAAAUGUGAAAAUGUCUCAACAUGAAUUUUGAUUUUCAAGCGUCAAUAAUCACAAAAUUUACAAAGCAGUACAUCUUACUGCAUGUUAUACAUUACUUUUCAAAAUUGGAUGAGUAAAUGUCAAUAGAAACUGAGUGAAAAAUAACUACAGUGAGGGAACUCCAACAACUUUUUAAACAAUCUUAUUUCAAUCUAGCAUUUUAUAGGUGUUGACAUGCUCUCCUCACAGUUAAGAGGUCAUUGGUUCAAAUACUGUCCUAGGCUUUCUGUGUGGAGUUUGCAUGUUUUACCCGUGUGUGUAUUUUUCAGUAAUUGGAUCUGUGAUGGGUAUUUCUGAAGUUUUUUAGGGCACAUGGACUAUAGUAAAUGAUGUAUAGAAAAAUUACAGCUCUAAAAGUACGCUAAACCCACAUAUAAUAUUCCCCAAAAUUGAAAGUACUAAAUGUCUCUGGAGUCAGUUGAAAAC